AUGCCCCGUCGCUGGUUUUCCGAUCGGCUCCACGAUGCCUGGGGGCGUGUGGCGGGUCGCCGUGGACGGCAAAGAGACCAAAGAAGCCAAAGUCCUCAGUACUAUGCGGAAAUUGUGGCUACUCCUGACCAGAGCCCAGAUAGGGCCAGCCACCUCCACCUCCGUCGAGGUGCCUCUCUCCCUGACCUCCUAGCCCGUGCCGCCCUAGGGCGUGUUCCCCCACCGCUUCCUCUUGAUAGCCAAAGCCUUUGGGACACUCCAGCACCUGCCAUUUCUCCUGCUCAGUCCCAGUCAAAUGGCGCUAUCGGGCUUGGAACUUUCCUUGGGGAGUUGGAAAGAGAAGUAUCCCGCCAUGAUCAGCAUUUUAUCCCAACAGCUAUCAUUACGACUCGCAACACGGCGUCCAUCGACCAAGGGACUAGGUGUCAGCCCUGGAUGAUCCCCGGCCAAGAUUUCUUCCCUGAAAGUCAGCCACUGGUUCCUAACCAUCUAAGAACCGGAUUGUUUUCGAGCGAUGUCUUUGCCCUUCUACUUGAUGUUCUCGUCUCCCCGAACGGACUAAUUGGUCAGGAGGACGAGCUUAACCUCCCGCUGUUGCUUGCCACACUGUCAUAUGCUCUAGACCAAGGCAUGACCCGGGAGACCAGGAAGCUCAAGAGAACUAUUGAUCGAUACAUCCCCCUCCGCAUGUUCCACCACAAUCCUCAUACCAACUCACCUCGUCUGGAGUUUGAGUACUACGAGUUCCGUUCCGAGGAAGUCUACCAGGCAUGGCUAGUAGUCUCUCACGAUACCGAUACUCACGAAGAAGCUCUGCAAGCAUUGGGUGAUCAACCCCAAGCCCAACCAGACGGCGCUCUCAACCUCUCAGGCGUCCUGUUCCAGGGAACUCGGAAGGCANNCUCGUUGCACUUUUCACUGGUGUGCCUGGGGGUUCGGGUCACAACCCAACGCCCGGGACCCAAGGUGCCCUUCACGGGUGCUCUUGGUGACAUGCGCGAGAACCCACCCAGGGUUCUCGUUGCACUUUUCACUGGUGCUGGCGGGGGUUCGAAUAACAGCCGAACGCCCGGACUUGAGUAG